UUUUUUUAUUGUUAGUUUUUUUAAAUUAUUAAUUUAUAUUUUAUAAAAUAGUAGGUAUUCAAGUUAUUAAUUUGGUAGGUACAAUUCCUAUCUACAUGGGUAUAAUAAAGUGUUUUGGUCAAAUGUAUAUAAAUUGCAGUAGGUCAUCAUGCAGGAAGCCAUCUGUGCCUCAGAACUAUAUACUAUCUGUGCAAACUUGUAAAACAGCCAAUAGACCACGACUUCCGCGCGAAGAUUGUUAGCCCCGUGGAACGAGUAUUUCUCGGGAUCAAGAGCAUAUAGAUCACUCAUAGUCCUCUCUAUCUAUCUGCCUGUAAAAAUCUAUUAGAUAUUUAAAGUCAUCGAACAUCGAUCACUUAGCGGUUUCGGAGAUAAGCUCGGCAAACAGACAGACAAAAAUUAAAAAGUGUAAAUUAUCGAAUUCGAAGCCUACGUAUGCAGACAAGAACGCAUUUAUUAUACCUAGUCCGCACAGAACACCAACCAAUAAAAGAUACUGUCUUGUAGUACCUACAGAGUAGGUAGCUGUGUGCAUAAGAUAAACGUUGACCUCGUCGUCUGCUACUGUACAAUAUUAGUUUUAAGUACCUAUACUUAACUAAGUACAACGAGAUAACUUUGAAAUGAUUGAAACUGAGAGAGUAGCAGUGGUUACUGGAGCUAAUAAAGGUCUCGGUUUUGCCAUAGUCAAAGGCUUAUGUGAAAAAUUCCAAGGGACAGUGUAUUUGACAUCUCGAGACGAAAAACGGGGCAAGGCAGCUUGUGAAGAACUACAGAAAUUAGGUUACAAUCCUGAAUACUACCAGCUUGAUGUAACUGAUGAUAGCAGCAUCUCAGUAUUCUGUUCUUAUUUUCGUUCACAAAACAAAAAGAUAGACUUGUUGAUAAACAAUGCAGGUAUAUUAUUCCUAAAAGAUUCAAAGGAACCGAAGACCUAUCAAGCUGAACAAACUUUACACGUAAACUUUUUAGCUUUAGUUAAUUUUACUGAAGCGAUUCUACCUUUGAUAAAUAACAACGGGACUAUUCUCAAUAUAACGAGUUCUUCAGGACAUCUAUCGAGAAUACCUUCAGAGGAAUUGAGAAAAAAAAUCAGUGAUCCUAAUUUGAAUUUGGAAGAAUUGAGGGUAUUCAUGAAAAGUUACAUAGAGGCGGUAAAAUUGAAUAGAGAAGUCGAUGACGGUUGGGGGGAUUCCCCGUACGUGGUGUCGAAAGUUGGAGUGAAUGCAUACACCUUCAUAUUAAAUCGAAGAUUAGCUGAUAAGGGUGUUCUCGUAAACUGCUUCCAUCCCGGUUACGUGAUGUCCGACAUGACUCGCGGCGCUGGCUCCGUGACUCCUGAGCAGGCUGCUCGAGUGGCUCUCAAGGUCGCUCUGCAGCCGGCGGGCGGAGGGCUGUAUGUCUGGCAUAAUGGUGCAGCUGUACCAUGGGAUGGACCGGAUCCGAGAGGAUAUAUCGAUGGAAAGAGUGGUUAAAUGCUGGUCAACUUUGGUCAGAUGUUAUGUCGGGCUGAGAUCUAUAGCACACUUCACGACAGUUAACUUUAAAAAAAAACGCCGAGGCUUUACUUUACAGGUAUCAACUAAAAAUGACAAAUACUACAUAUGCUGCGAGAGAAUGAGAAAGAAUACAUUAUACAGCGUUUCCUAUUAUUUCAUACUUUAGUUACCUCUUGUCUCAUUUGUUGAAAUU